CGUUGUUCGUAGGUUCGUGCAUCGGUUCGUACGUUGCAUAUGCUCUUUGAUACUAGAGGCUCAGGAUAUUACUGAUUUAGGCUCUCUGAAUCAAGCAGCAAAGAUCUUUAUUCUAGGAACUAAAAUAUGAGUUACAGGACUAAAAGAACAUUGGUAGCUAUUGACGAAGGGUCGAGCAUUGCUGCAUCCAAGUCCCCAAAAUCUUCUGAUCCAUCCACCCAAAACUGGGGACCGUUCAGUCCUCCAACACUUGGAGUGUCACAGACAUUUGGGACGGUAUCACAACCCAUUAAGCAACCAGUAGCUGCUAAAAAAACCAUGGUUGCACCACAAUCAUCCUUGCCUCGGCCUACUUCCAUGGUUUCAAAGCCACAACUGAAGGCAUUAUCAAAACCAUCCUUUACCCAGACAAAACCAUCCUCUAACCCAUUACAACAACCAAUUCCGCCCACUCUUACAGGAACAACACAAAGUAGAUGGUAUAAAGGACCUACGUUUCCCAAUCUGACUGAAAUUGCAACACAAAAAGCGUCAACACCGAAUCCACACCAGCCUACUAUGCAGCCUGUGUUGCAGCCUUUCAAAGCUACCUUGCAGCCUUCUUUGCAGCCUUUCAAAGCUUCCCAACAGCCUCAAACAACUACCAAUCAGCCUCAAAAAGCUACCCAUCAGCUUCACAAAGCUACACAACAGCCUCAAAAAGCUACACAACAGCCGGUAUCUUCUUUUACAAGUGUCAAACCACAUUUAGAGAAAAGAGCAUUUGUUGCACCUUUGGGAGCAACAAAACAUGUGAUGUCACAAUCUCCUACACCACCAGACACCAUGGCAAUGAAAAAGAGAACCGGGAAGCAAGAAGGUCAGUUGCCUCCAACAUACAUGCAUGUGAGUGAGAAUGCAUUUCAACCUCUGCGAUCUCCUCCAUCCAAUCAGGUUGAGAGUGAAGUUAUGCCAAACUACAACUGGGACGAAUUUGAAGAAUCGGCUUCUGAGAGUGAAAAUGAAUUUGAUCAAGGAGAAGGAAGUGAUACUGCUGUGAAGAAAGCAACACUUCGACAUCGAAUCAUUAUUCCAAAUUGGCCAGAAUCGAGGGAGUUUGAUGAGAAGGUGGAGGCUAUAGCUAUAGAUGCUGAUGGAAUACGACAUCUGGUAAAGGGACCAGUUCUGCCUCGAGACGUUUGGCAUGAUGCAAAGGGGUUCAGAUACAUUGUCAAGCUCAAUGAAUUCAACCAACCUAUUCGAAAAGGUGGGAAGAUCCUUGUGAGCUUCCUUGGAGAUAUUGCAAAAAAUGAUUCACUUUGUCCAGUGGGAGUCCCAAGUUGGCGUGCUGUGAACAAUCAGUUAAAAACUAAUGUUGUUACAAUGAUUCGGAAACAUUUUGUGUUACCUGAUGGACCUCUAGUUAACAAGGCACUAGUGAUGCGUAUUGACAAACCAUGGAACAAUCAUCGAUACAAAUUGAAGAGGGAUUUUUUCGAUCCAGUGAAUAAAUCUCGAGAAGAGAACUAUGCCAACGUGCCUGAUGGAGUGUCCACUAGGAGUUGGACGGAAUUGGUAGAUUAUUGGCUUUUACCAGAGGCCAUGGAAAAAUCUGAAAUGGGAAAAAAUGCUCGAGCUUUACAAGGCAAUAAGCACAACAGUGGUGCUACAAGCUUUGCUAAUCGAAGAGUUGAUAUGAAAGAGAAGAAAGGAGUGUUUAGCGAAUUGGCAUUUUUCAAAUCAGUUUACGCCAAAGAAGAUGGAAGCUUUAAAGAGGGCACACUUCCUCAUCAAUUUGUGGAGGAUGCCAACAAAAAGGUCCAAGAAAAUCUUGCGAGUUCCUCUUCUUCAAAGCCCGUAAUUGAAAUUGAGAAUGCAGUCUUUAAUGAGCUCAUGUAUAAAGGUGAAGUACCUAAACGUCCUCUGAAUUAUGGAUUUGGAGUGAAGCAAAGCGACAUCUUUGGAGUGGAAGGUUUGCUGAGGAAAGAAGGGUCAAGCUAUGUUAACAACAAUGCUAUGGAAGUGGAGAACAUGAAAGGUGAAAUAUCAGUUGUCAAGAAGCAAAAUGAGGACCUUGCGCAACAAAAUCAAGUUCUAAACACCAAGUUUGAAGAAACAACACAAUCAUUUAAAAUGAUUGCUUCUUUUUUGGGACAAGUUAAUUUUGAAGGAAGUACGCAAAGGGAAUGUUUCAUCGAACCUUUUAGAUGGUGCGGAAUCAGCAAUAAAUAUGAUUACUGAUGAUUCUGGUGGCAAUGGUGACAACCAGGCCGAGAAAUGAGACUUUGACACUAUUGCCAAAUGCAAGAUUAUUGAUGAUUCAAGUGGUAAUAGUAAAUGUAGAUCAAGAGAUGAACAAGUUAUCUUGAAGCUAAGCUAGCAUAACGAUAUGUUUACUUGUUCGUAGUCAGGAAGUUGUUUUUAUUUAGUUUUGGACUAUCUUGUAGAAAAAAUGAUAAUGCUAGUUAGAAAGUUGUUU